AUGGCCGGGGCCCGCGUGCUGUGGGGCUGCGAUGACCCGAGCCGCUGGGCCGCAGUCCUGGCGCGCCACGGGGAGGGGACAGGCAGAGGAGCGGCUCGGGGAGGGUCGGUGGCCCCGGGACCGGCCCCUGGGGGUUCCUCGUCACUGCCAUCCCCUAGGUAUCGCGAGGAGCUGCCCGCGCACAUCCUGGCCCGAGCCGAGAAGCACGUGACACUGCCCGAGCUCGAGCGGCUGCUGGCCUGGAAGCUGGCGAGGGGUCGCUUCCGGCCGCGCCUGCAGCAGCUGGUCCGCAGCAACACGCCCCAGCUGGUGGUGCAACGUUCUGCCGCCGCCUUCCGCCUCUUGCCAGACGUGUCCGCAGCCAUCAGAGAACUCUGUGCGCUCCGAGGCGUGGGCCCUGCCACGGCCUCAGCAGUCCUGGCUGCCGGGGCACCGGAGCUGGUGGCCUUCAUGUCCGACGAAGCGGUGGCCGCCGUGCCGGGUCUGCCAGCCCCGCAGUAUACUCUCAAGUACUACCUGAUGUACCUGGACAAAGUGCGGGAGCGCGCCGCAGCCCUGAGGCUAGGAAGUUCUUCUGGGCAGUGGACCCCGCAGAGCCUGGAGCGCGCACUGUGGACCUGGACGGUGGGCCGGAAACUGUGCCCUGACCUGCUGCCUGACCUCAAGGCCUGCCCGGCCCCUGGGCACCCGGACAGCAGCCCUGGGGCAGGAGCUACUCAAUAAAA